GCAACUUAAGCUCUGGCAAGACAAACUACACAGCUAUGAUUUCAAUUGGAGGCCUCACAGGAUUUUGGAUAAUUGCACUGGUGACUAUUCAUGGUGCAGAUGUGGGAGAGACCAAGAGAAACUCUCUCAAUGAGCCUGACGUGCCUUUCCCACCUGCCUGUCCCACUACUCAGAACCUCGCUGCCAUCUGCUAUCAAGGUCAAGGCCGUCCCAGAUACUCAUCCAGCUUUUUCCCGAACUCCGGGGUCAGCCACUUCCGCCGCCGUGGAAGCGCCAUCAACCGCCUGGAGUCGUGGUACAGUUUGUGCUGCAGCGGACAGAUAGCACAGCAAAGCGACCAGAUCCUCUGCUGUGCCAAACAAGCUUGGAAACAAACCCUGUCCCAGUUCUGUAUGGAAGAGUUUUCCACUAUGACCAAAGCAUAUAUGUGCUGUGCGGACAGAGGAGACGCUCGGUGGGCCUGCUUUGACAGCGAGCUGCCAAACCCGAACUAUGACUCAAAACCAGGCUACACAGCACCCCCCGUCCCGGAGGAGCCAGGAUUCACCUUCAAUGCAUUUGCUUGCUAAAGAUCUUUGUCACAGAGGAGGACAGGGCAUGCUGUGUUAAUGCUGAGUAAGGAUGAUUACAGCUGAGGUCAGUUGUUAUUUUGACCAGUCAGUAUUUUAACCAGCUUUGUCACAACAACAGGAAACAUGUUUGUUACACCUUUUUACAUGUUUUGCACUAUUCUGCAAAUGUUCACUUAC